CACCAAGAAAUAAUUUUUUAGAUAAAACGGUGGAGUACUUUUGGAUCAACCCUUGUAAAACUGCUGAAUCAUGCUAUUGAUAUGAAAAACUGCUACGUCAUGUAUCAUUUAUAAAUUGGAACUACAUGUAUUUAUAUAUGAAAUUGCCAACAUACUGACAAUUAUCCUUUAACAGUAAAUAAAGACUUUUGCAUCAAGAGGAAUAUUAUUUAGACAACUGUAGAGAUAAUACAACAGAACUGCAAAGAAUUGCAAUACAGUUAAUUGAUCCACAGACUUAGAUAACACUUGUGACAUGUCUCGCACAGUUGUGAAGUCAGUGCUUAGUGUUGAGCAGGCUGAAGGCAUGGGAGCAAGAGUAAGACGUAGUGUCGGCAGGAGAGAGCUGAAGAAUCUUGAUCCAUUCUUGAUGCUUGAUGAAUUUAAAGGCCAGGCACCUGCUGGGUUCCCAGACCAUCCACACAGAGGAUUUGAAACAGUUACUUAUGUGUUGUCUGGAGCCAUGAUUCAUGAAGACUUUUGUGGCCACAAGGGUAUUAUUGGAGCUGGUGAUUUGCAGUGGAUGACAGCCGGUCGAGGAAUAGUUCAUUCUGAAAUGCCUUAUGGUAAACAAAUGAAUCAUGGCUUACAACUCUGGGUGAAUUUAGCAAAAAAGGACAAAAUGAUCUCUCCGGCUUAUCAAGAAUUGAAAGAUCAAGAAAUUCCUAAAGUUGAAAAGGAUGGAGUCAGAGUGAAAGUGAUUGCAGGGGAAUCAAUGGGAACAAAGUCUCCAGUAUAUACAAGAACCCCUACAAUGUAUUUGGACUUCACCUUACAAAAAGGUUCAACAUUGAGUCAGGCUAUCCCUGAAGGUUGGACUGCAUUUAUAUAUGUGCUCAGGGGGAAAGCCUUAUUUGGUCCAUCUAGUUCUGCCACCGAAGGGAAUGCCCAUCAUACUCUUGUUCUUGGGGAUGCAGGCAGUUCUAUUAAUGUUGAAAAUCAGGGACUUGAACCUUGCCAUUUUGUGCUUGUUGCUGGAAAACCAAUAGGUGAACCUAUUGUACAACAUGGCCCCUUCGUGAUGAAUACUCAACAAGAGAUACAGGAAACCAUAAAUGACUAUAGGUAUGGGAAAAAUGGCUUUGAAAAUGCCCCAUCAUGGAGGUCAGAGGCUGGAAACUAAAACAAAAAACAGGAAGUCAAAACAAAUGUUGGCAUGAAUCGAGGUUUUUUCCCAUUCACCUUGUAUGAAGAAAAUGAAUUUCUAAGAUGUACAAAAUGCUAGAUUAACCUAAAGUGGUGAACAUAAAUAAUGACUAAUACUAUGAAAAGACAUUCUGUCACAUAAUGUCAUAAAUUCUUAUCUCAGUAAAUUGAGUGCUCUAUUUUCUCCGUCCCGGGACAUAGAAAUAUAGUGGAUAUAGUGUCCAUAAUGACAAA